CCGCGUAUUAAGGGGCCGGGUAAAUGGUAUAUGAUAUCUCCCGGAUGAACGAUUGAUGCCCUACUUGGAGCAAGCUGGAUUUGGGUCAGCAGCAUUGAUCCGGACGUUCGACUUGCGAUACGAUUUAAUAUCUGCACUAAUGGAGCGGUCGCGCUCAGAGACCCACACUUUUCAUUUUUCGUGUGGGGAGUACACAGUGACUUUAGAGGAUGUUGCACUGCAGCUUGGGCUCCCAAUCGACGAGAGUCCCAUAACAGGAAUAAUUACUUUUGCUGAGCCGACUGCACUAUGUUAUAGCUUAUUAGGAGACUCGCUCGACGAUGAUGAGUCAAAUUUUUCGGGCUUGAAAUUUACAUGCCUGAAAGGAAAUUUUGGACACUUGUCAGCUAAUGCCACUGAAGGAGAGUUGAUGCGCGCUGCUCGAGCGUACAUCAUACAUAUUAUCAGGGGAGUACUGAUGCCUGAUUCAAACAAUAACAAGGUUCAUAUCACGCACUUACCUCUAUUAGCUGAUUUGAGUAAUGUUCGCUCGUAUAGCUGGGGCUUCGCAGUUCUGACAAUGUUGUAUCGGGAGCUUUGUCGGACGACAAAGCCUGCUGUCGUAGACAUGGGCGGAUGCCUUACAUUGUUGCAGUCAUGGGCACUUUAUCGAAUGCCAUUCUUGGCAUCAGUUAGUCACUAACCAUAUGUAUAUCUACUAGUUAACAGAUGGAGUAUUUAUCCGGCUAUCGGGAGGUCAUAAACUGUCUCGAUAUAUUGUCUGAUGAUCGAAUAGCAUGCCGGGGAAGGG